AUUAACAAGGAAAGGACAAAUGGAGCUAUAUAAAUGGUUAGUCUUGCUUUGAGAAUUACUUAUAAGUCAUAAUUCUCUAACAACUACUUCCUAAUCCUUGCUACUUAAGCUAAUCCUCAUAUUUAACUACUAACACAUCCUAAUUUAUGAAAGAGGGAUUCAUUUACAUAUAUAGUGUGUAGUCCCCUCCAUUUUAGGCACUGUUAUUUCUCCUAUAACAUUUCACUUUAAAGAUGGAUGUUUCAAAUCUUCAUAAGUUGGUGAAGACAGCACCAUCCAAAGCUUUGAUUAUGAGAUUCAAUUUGUUAUGUCUUUCCAUCUUUCUCAUUGUUUAUGCAACCCUUCUUCUUCGUCCUUCUUCUUCAGUCUAUUUCGAUAAUGCAGCCUCGCUUGUUCGAUGCUCAUUGAGAGAAUGCCAUCACAAGGUAAGGGAGAAGAUAGCAUGAAAAUGAAAGCAGUAUUGGAAGAAUUACCAAAAGCAAAAUCAAGGAACCCAAAGAAUGGAACUAAGAUAGAAGUACCAAGUUUUUUAGGCGAAAAAAUCGGUAAGGGAAUUAAAAUUGGAAUGGUGAACAUGGACGAAGACGACGAUGUAAGCGAAUGGAACGUACAUGGAGAAACAAUACCAAUUAAUUUCGACAAAGUAUCACAAUUUUUCAACUGGACAGAUUUAUUUCCCGAAUGGAUCGACGAAGAAGAAGAAAGCGAUGUUCCAACAUGUCCCGAGUUACCAAUGCCCGAAUUCGCAACAUAUGAAAACAUGGACAUAAUAGUUGCAAAGUUACCAUGCAAGUAUCCAUUAGAAGGGUGGGGGAGAGAAGUUUUAAGGUUACAAGUUCAUCUUAUAGUUGCAAAUAUGGUUGUGAAGAAAGGAAAAAAGGAUUGGAAAUGGAAGAGUAAGGUUGUGUUUUGGAGUAAAUGUAGACCAAUGUUAGAGAUUUUUAGAUGUGAUGAUUUGGUUAAACAUGAAGGUGAUUGGUGGUUUUAUGAAGUUGAUGUAAAGAAGUUGGAGCAGAAAAUUUCUUUGCCUGUUGGGUCUUGCAAUUUGGCUUUACCUCUAUGGGAACAAGGGAUUGACAAAGUAUAUGACAUAUCCAAAAUGGAACAAAACGUAAGAAGCAAAACAAGAGCAAAACAUGAAGCCUAUGCAACAGUACUUCACUCCUCAGAAAGCUACGUUUGUGGAGCAAUAACACUUGCACAAAGCCUCUUAAAAACAGGAACCAACCGUGACCUUAUACUUCUCAUCGACAGCUCCAUCUCCGUCCGCAAACGCCGUGCACUGGCAGGUGCCGGUUGGAAGAUUCGAACCAUCACCCGAAUCCGAAACCCUAGAGCAGAAAAUGGAACAUAUAAUGAGUACAAUUAUAGUAAGUUUCGGUUGUGGCAACUUACUGAUUAUGAGAAAAUCAUCUUUAUAGAUUCUGAUAUUCUUGUGCUGAGGAAUCUUGAUAUUCUCUUCAACUUCCCUCAAAUGUCUGCCACUGGGAAUGAUCAGUCUAUUUUCAACUCUGGCAUCAUGGUUAUUGAGCCUUCCAAUUGUACCUUCAGCGUGCUUAUGAGCCGGCGCCAUGACAUCGUAUCAUACAAUGGAGGUGAUCAAGGGUUCCUAAAUGAGAUAUUUGUGUGGUGGCAUAGACUUCCAAGGAGGGUAAAUUAUUUAAAGAAUUUUUGGGCCAACACAACAGUGGAAGCAAGUGUGAAAAAUGGAUUAUUUGCUGCUGACCCUCCAAAACUAUAUGCUAUCCAUUACCUUGGUUUGAAACCUUGGCAUUGCUAUAGAGACUAUGAUUGCAAUUGGGAUGUAAUGGAUCAAAGGGUUUAUGCUAGUGACGUGGCACACCAACGUUGGUGGAAUUUUCAUGAUAGAAUGGACAAGAAGUUACAAAGUUUUUGUAGGUUGACAAGACAACGUAGGACUGAGUUAAAUUGGGAAAGGAGAAGAUCUAAUAAGAUGGGAUCACUUGAUUAUCAUUGGAGGAUUAAUGUCACAGAUCCUAGAAAAUCUGGAUCUCUUUUGAUGGAUUAGAUUAUUAUACAACUUCCUUUUUGUAUUUUUUUUCCUUUUGCUUCAUUUUUUGUUUUUGUUUUCCUUAUUCUCCAUAUAUCUUGUGCCUUCUGUAUUGUAUAGAGACAUAUUCAUGUGAAAAGCAUUUCAUGAUGAUUAUUUAUAAUGCUCUAGUGUUUCUCCAGCUAAGGAUACAUGGUGCUCACUACAA